AUGUUGAUUUACCUCAAAUCUUCUAGUAAUCUUGAUGCCUACAUCUUCGUCACCUCUCCUUCAGCUACCAUAUCUAGAAUGAUGGCUGAUGAAGAAAGUGAAGUUCAACCAGUACCACGCCAAAAAGCUCCCAAGUUAAAUGAGAGGAUUCUUUCAUCUCUGUCGAGGAAAUCAGUUGCCGCACAUCCGUGGCAUGAUCUUGAAAUUGGACCUAAAGCUCCCUAUAUUUUCAAUUGUGUUGUUGAGAUAACAAAGGGAAGCAAGGUCAAAUAUGAACUUGACAAGAAGACAGGACUAAUUAAGGUUGAUCGGAUUUUGUACUCGUCAGUGGUCUAUCCUCAUAACUAUGGUUUCAUCCCUCGCACCUUGUGUGAAGACAAUGAUCCACUGGAUGUGUUAGUUCUCAUGCAGGAACCUGUUCAUCCGGGUUGUUUUCUGCGAGCCAAAGCCAUUGGACUAAUGCCUAUGAUUGACCAGGGAGAGAAAGAUGACAAGAUCAUUGCAGUCUGUGCCGAUGAUCCAGCUUAUAAUCACUACACUGACAUCAAAGAGCUUCCCCCUCAUCGCCUUUGUGAGAUUCGUCGCUUCUUUGAAGACUACAAGAAGAAUGAGAACAAAGAGGUUGCAGUUGACCAGUUUUUGCCUUCCCACAAUGCUGCUGAAGCCAUCCAGUACUCUAUGGACCUUUAUGCAGAGUACAUAAUGCUCACCCUAAGGCGAUAA